AGUGGAGAGUCACGGGAUGCCAUGGAUGUUUUGUUUACUAAUCUGCAGCAGCCUUUCUUCCUUGUAGCCGACAGCUAACCUACAUUCUUGCUGACAGCAGGGGAUUCGGGCUAAAAUAGGUGUGUGUCAGCUGACAGUUGUGUGAUGCUAGCAUGUUAGCUUCGGAGUUAGCAAGCAGUUACUGUACUAACUUGGCGUUUGUCGUUUAUAACGUUCGCUGCGUCUGGUCUUUAAUACUUUGAUCAACCGGUGCAUUUUUUGUGUGUGACUCCAUCAUCGAUUAAUGGACCAAAUCGGUUUAUCAUGAAACAAACCCGUUAUUUAACGCCAAGUGGGUUUUUAUAGCAUUUCCGAGCUAGCUGAGAGGAAGCAAUCUCCUUAGCAGUCGUAGCUAGCUGUUACAGUUGCUUAGCUAACCAGUAGGCGUCUUCAUGGAGAGUUUUAAAGUGUUGAAGUUAAGCUUUCAAUAUUGGUUGUAAGGUUAUGUUAUGUGAACAGACCACAGAGCUGCGCUUUUUUUGCUAAGGUAAAUGUUGAUUAAAUGGCAAAAACUGAGCAGGGCAAUGGACUUGAUUUGCGGGGCAGUACAGAGAAGCUGACAGAAAAUGGGAAAGGCAAUUCCUAUGGGUCCGACCCAGAGGUAAACGGCAGUACAGUCCCCGGGGAGAAACAGGUCGACAAGUACGGAUUCACCGGAGGAGCUCAGCAGUCCGUCGGAAAUUUUGCGGAAGAAAUCCCAACUGAGGUGCUGAGGCAGCGUGAGGCAAAAUGGCUGGAGAUGCUCAACAGCUGGGACAAAUGGAUGGCCAAAAAACACAAGAAGGUGAAAGAGCGCUGUCAGAAGGGGAUCCCUCCAUCCCUGCGUGGCCGGGCCUGGCUCUACCUCACUGGAGGCAAAGUGAAAAGGGAGCAAAACCUGGGCAAAUUCAAGGAACUGGACAGCCAGCCAGGAGAUCCUAAAUGGAUAGAUAUUAUUGAGAGGGACCUCCAUCGACAGUUUCCCUUCCAUGAAAUGUUUGCAGCAAGAGGAGGUCAUGGGCAGCAGGACCUGCUCAGCGUGCUGAAGGCUUAUACUCUGUAUCGUCCUGAAGAGGGCUAUUGUCAGGCUCAGGCUCCCAUUGCUGCUGUACUCCUGAUGCACAUGCCAGCAGAGGAUGCAUUCUGGGUUCUUGUACAGAUAUGUGAGAAAUACCUUCCUGGCUACUACAGUACAGGGCUGGAGGCCAUCCAGCUGGAUGGGGAGAUCCUGUACGCUCUGCUGCGGCGGGUGUCUCCUGUGGCCCACUCUCACCUCAAGAAGCACAAGCUGGAACCCAUCCUGUACAUGACCGAGUGGUUCAUGUGUGCCUUCUCUCGGACUCUGCCGUGGGCCUCAGUGCUGCGUGUCUGGGACAUGUUUCUUUGUGAGGGCGUGAAGAUUAUCUUCCGAGUGGGCCUGGUACUCCUGAAGUGCAUGCUGGGAUCCCAAGAUAAACUGAAGUCCUGUCAAGGUCUCUAUGAAACAAUGGAGCUGCUCCGAGCUAUACAGCCACAGUAUAUGCAAGAAGGCUUCCUGGCACAACAGAUUGUUGAGUUACAGGUGUCUGAGAAGGACAUUGAGAAGGAGCACCACUCUCAGCUGCGGCGAUGGAAGGAGUCUCAUGGAGAUUUGCACUGCAAGUCCCCUCCCAGGAUGCACGGCGCCAAGGCCAUCAUUGCUGCCGAUCCACCCAGCCGACAGGACCUUAGACAGAGGCCCACCAUCAUCGUGCAUUCUCCUGAGGGAUUCAAGACAGAUGGGGAGAGAGCAGAGUACAUAAAGAAAAAUAGAAAGACUAAACAGGAAAAGGAGAAGAACACAAACCUACCACCCCAGGAAAUCGUUAAUCCUUACCUUCCUCACAGUGAACCCUCCCCUCUUCUCAAGCAAAUGACCAGAGAAGAAGGGUCCAAAGAGAGUCUGAGCAGUGCAGAGCAUGACACUUACCUGUAAUGGGGUAAGUGUCACCGGUUUACACACAAAGCAUUCCAAAUUACAACUAAGUUAGCAGUGACAUUCGUCAGAUUUCAGCCUCACAUGUCAUAGCUGUCAGUGACAUGACAGACGUUUUCAUGACAUAGUGCAUCUGUAGUAGUGUGACUGUCAGGUUUUGGUAAAAUUGACCUUUUUACAACCUUGACACUGCAGAAAAAGUUAUAUUUUUAAAAACAACAUUUGUAAAAUUUGAACAUUUGUAAAAUUAAUCACAUUUAUGAAACACUUUUAGAUGAUUGUCACUUACACAGGGGUUUACUGCACUUGUACCUUAGUUGCAAAGUCAUGGAAAUUGUGCAUAAAAAUAUUGUAAUUUCUUGUAAAUUUAAUGGAACACAUCAAUAAUAAUUUCCAGGAAGCAACAACAGAUGGUGACUAUGUGUCCUUUGCAUACAUGUCUGUGAAGUUUUAGCCUGCGGGAGAUCAGAGCUGUUAGCUUCAUAUGACUGGACAUUCGGGGAUAUACACUCACACUCGCUGUUAACAGCUGCUGAUGCUGCUGGUAACCUCUUUAAGGCAGCGUUUUUAUUCUUUCCAUUAGUUGUAAAUGAAGUCUGAUUUUAUUUUAAUUGAUGAGGUCUUAUCUAGAGCACUUUGCCUUCAUAGUCUUCCUCUUUGUCAGCAUUAGUCACUAUGUUGCCAGCGUAGAUAUUCUUAGUUGAACUCCUUUGCUAGACUCAGUCAUUCGCACUAAUUUGCAGUCUCACAUUUUAUCAGUGUGUCUGCAUUUGUUUUGCACAGUCUUGUGACAGUUAAUGCUACAUCCAUGAGUUUGUCUGUGCUGUUGUCGGCCACUUGGGGGCGUCCUGAUUCUGAUAAUCUCUCAGCCUCAGCAGUGACCAUCAGUAGCAGUAAAAACUGUCACAUGCUGUUUGAGUCUAAAAUGAAGGAGGAAGUGUGCAGGGAACUUUUGUGCCACUAAGCCAAAGAUUUAUGCGAUUAAUGUGUAUUUUUAAGAUAUAUGUUGUGUAAGCAGUUUGUUCAAUCAUAUUGAGAUGCAGUAUGUGACUGUUGUUAAUUUGGGAGAGCAUUAUGAUUCUAUUUAUGUUGUGAGUGAGAAAUGGUAAAUGCCAUUUUGAAGAACAUGAAUACAAAGCUUUUGUUUUUCUUACAUUGUGCUUAAAAGUUUGUGGGUCCUUUAGAGAUAUCUAAUUUUGCUGUACAGGAAAAAGCUUUUUUUCUCUCUGUGGCAUAGAAUCUAAAUGAAGGCCCAAAUGCUCAAUAAGUUACUUUUUUUAACAUCCUAAAUCAGGAAAUGAUUUGUUGAUGUUCUUAGUAGCAAAACUGCUUUUAAUAAGCUUAAAAAAUCCAAAAUCAAAAUUCGAGUCAGCAGUUCUAUUCUAAUGGCAUUAGUUUCCAUUAUUUAGUUAAAAUGAACUAAAACACUAGCUCUCUUUGUUACUUGAAAUAUGAAAUAUGUUUUUUUUUUUUUUGCACUUGUAGAAAAAAGCUUUUUAGGUAGAUGUCAGGAAAGAAAAUCCGAGCAACAUUAGAUAUUAAAACAUUGAGGGAGCCACAAAUCUUUGUCAGUGACCAAAAAAUAUGUAUUGAUACUCAUUUAUUUGUGUUGUUUCAGUGAAGAAAUUGCUUGAAAAACUCUUAAUGAAUUCAACAUUUAACACUUCAAGUUCAGGAAAUUCCUCCAUCAGCAGUUAAGUGUGUAACUGUCCAUCAGAUGUGGUCAAGGUUUUUUAAUGGGAAAUGGUUGUGGGUGUGUGUUUCAAACCUUGUGGAGAUUUUACUUUUAAAUAUUUGCCUACAGGUUUAUUUUUUAUUCGAAACUCUGUUUGUCAUGUCCUGUGAAGCUAUUUUGAUUUUAAACUUCUUCUGUGGCAAGAACAUUCGUCAGAUCACAUUUAACCACAAUGCAGUCCAUUAGUUGAGUUUCUAUGAGGAGUUUUUAUAUUGUCAUGUAGACAGUGCCACAAAGAUUCAUCCAGAGGUUCAAAUGAAUAUGAAGGAUAAAGGACACAGGAUGUGGUUAGCCAUCUAAAAACUAUAUUUUUUGUAUGAAUAUUGAAAUUAAAUCCUUUUAUAAAGAUGAAGUACACUCCAUAUAGAUACUGAGAUGUUCCUUUUUAGUUACUAUUGCAAUUAUUAGGAUUAAAGAGAAAACUUAUUAAGCCUAAGGCUUGUAAAUCUGCAUUCUGCUGUUUUCGUCAGUAUACUUUAUUUUUGAUCUGUGUGCCGAUUUGAUUUGAAAUCAGUCUCUCUUAUCUACAAGCUGUUUUAUAUCAAAUUGUAAAUUUAAAUCAAUAAAAUCUGAAACCUCA